GAUCCAUCUUGCGCUGCGGCUACUCACCUCAUCUUCUUCGCUCUGCUAGCUGCUUCUCGGGCCGCUAUAUAUAGCUCUCGCCUCGGCUGCAGCUGCCACUCACCUGCACCAAAAACAAGCAACAAGCUAGCAGCUACACUCACCCAACUGUUAGUCUGCUACUAGCUUAGCUAAGCUAUAUCUCCUACUGCUAGCUGCGUGUGGGAGUGGGCACUCUCCGCUACAGCUCGAUAGGUACGUACAUAAGCUCUCUAGCACGGGCUGUGGGCGAGCGAGCGAUCGAGCAUGUCGUCGAGCAGCCGGAGGUCACGCACGCGGCACGCCGGAAGCUCGACGUCCAUCUCGGAGGAGCAGAUCUCCGAGCUGCUGUCCAAGCUGCAGGCGCUGCUCCCGGAGUCCCAAGCUCGCAAUGGCGCUCACAGGGGUUCGGCGGCGAGGGUGCUGCAGGAGACGUGCAACUACAUCCGGAGCCUGCACCGGGAGGUGGACAACCUCAGCGAGACGCUCGCCGCGCUACUCGCCUCCGACGCCGUCACCGCCGAGCAAGCCGCCGUCAUCAGGAGCCUCCUCAUGUGACCCACCCUCCCACCGUCCUCCCAUCGGCGGCGCACACGUACGUCCACCAAGCUCUCCAGCGGCCGGCGCGUGCGUCCGUGACACCGUGCGUCGCCGUUAGAUCAUACUACGAGCUAGCAUGCCCCUGGUUGGCUAUGGCUAGUGUGCAAGCUAGCUAGUGUACGUACGUGCAAGCCUUUUUCCCUUGAGGUUUUUGCAUUUGCUUGGUUAAUUAAUCUGCUUGAUUAGUUUGGAUUUGAUUGCGAGAGGUCUGUAGCCAGCAUUGCCUGGCGGUGGCGCGGUGCCGGGCAUGGCUGGACAGCAACGAUGAUCGGUGGUUUUAAUUACACGAGAUACUGGCACUGUGCGGUACACUGCCAGUAUCUAUCUAGCCAGUAGUAGGGCUUGGCAUCACGCUGCUGUACGCUGAAAGGCUAAUGCGUGUUGUCUAGUGCUUUGUUGAUUAGUUUGGUACUUAAUUGACUCUUGAUUACGAUC